AUGGCCACGAGUGAACAUGGCAAAUCGCCUGAAUCCACGGGUAGCGAAGUGCGUCUUCGCAUCAAGCGCCUCAGACGCGAUCUAGACGACGACGCACCAGAGCUUUCAAGCCCUGAUGACGAUGUGCCGAUUCCAGAAUCAGAAGAAACCAUUCUCCUGCCUGGCGAUCUCCCGGUGUCAGAGCUGUGGACUAAGUUAGAAGAGCUGGGCUAUAUUCUUCCCGAUUCACUCUCUCGCAAUGGAGAGAAGUGGAAGCCCGGGCGCAUCAAGCCUCAGCUCCACGAAUUCGAGCAAAUCACCGUGGUCCAGGAGGACUUGCCCUCCGAUUCCAGCAAGUCCAUCCACAUUGAUGACAGACUCAUUGCGUAUGCCAAUCGCCACUUCGGCCAGGCGAUCCAGUUCAACGUCGGCGAGAAUGAUUCGAACCUCUAUGGCACGAAGAUCGACAGCCUCAAGGACUCGCGGGGGCUUGAGAUCGUGUUUCACCGGACGGUUAGAAUGCCAGAUGACGAGAAGCUUCAUCAGCUACCUGGGUCGCUGGGAGCCUUUCCCCUCUAUAGCGUUGAGGGAUAUGCCGACAAGUUGCCCAGCGCGAUUGUGCAGGCAGGCGGAGUUUUCAUGCCCAUGUGGCAGCGAGAGGCACUUUGGAUAAGCCUGGAAGCACGAAUCGGCACGCGGUACGCUCUGAGAUUCUCGGUGGGACGUAUCAAUGCCGUCUCUGGGGAGAAGAUGGACCAAGAAAAGGAUAUCUCGGCCGAUGGACAACGGGUUCAAGACUAUGUCGUCGUCCCGGGCCAGGAGUGGCUCGACGGGAUCUGUGUCGCUCCCGGGAUUGUGAGACAGUUUGUCGCCAUGCCAUUGGGUUCUGGAUACACUGUCGAGGGCCAAAAGACGGGGGAAGAGAAGCACGGGGGCCUGCAAAUCGAGAUCAUCCCAGCCUUCCAGGAGAGAUUGCGGACUUGGGCCAAAGACCAGACUGGAGAUAUAAGUGCCUCAGACCUGGAAUACGGGCGACUCAACGAACACAGCACGCCACGCCAGUUGGGGCUCGGAGUUGGCAACACCAUCAGACUGUACCCAGAGAAGGCUGUCGAAUACGUCCCAGCAACGGUGGCGGAUAUGGUUGGAGGAGCACAGGUAGACGAGGACUGUCCCGGCGCAUUUCAAUUUAACAACCACUCUGGCACCCGGGUGGCUGGUACCGAAAGUGUACUUGCAGAUCAUAGAUUCGAGCAAAUGAUGGCCACAUCCUCCGCCUAUACUCGCGGUGAAAGCCUAUCGAUGGCCCAUCCAGCCCCUGCAGCCGCUGACGAAGGUUUCGGCGCUGGCGAGUUCGAGGCUGCUACUUAUCAGGACAUGUCGAGAGAACCCCAAAUGAAUGCAGCAGAGUCAAAACCCACCAUCACGACCAAAGACCUCAAGGCGAUGGGACUGGCCGCUGGUGGAAAGCUCGUCCAAGACAUAUAUCGCGACCACAAUCCAGCGUCCAUCUGGAACACCGAAGCUGCAAGGCUGGUCCAUGUCCACAUCCUGGACCCGGCGUCCUGCGAGGCCGUCACCCACGUCGUGCCCCCACCGCCGCCGAUUGAUGCCAUGGGCUACGUCGAAGAGGGCGGUGCAUUUUUCGUCGUGGAAGAGCAGCCCGAGAACCGCGUUGACGGGGGAGACUUUGACAACGUCAAGUCCGUCUCGGCCAUGGAUCAGCAAAAAGGUGUGCAGAGCGAGCCGUCGCUGGAUCCAUCACAGCCGACCCGGUGCAAGUGCGGUAUCAGACUGUGUGACUGCGUCGUCCGCCCUUGCGACCACCAGUUCUGCAAUGUCUGCGUUCGUGAAGUCGACCCGUUGGCAAUUACCCGCAGCUUCACCUCCGCCGAACCCCCUUCGAGAGAGAAAUGGUUCUGCCCGACUUGCAAGAGGGCAGUGUCCUAUGUGGCGGGAUUCUCGGCUCCCAUGAACUUGCCAGGUGAGGAAACUGUCAGGGUCCGGGUGCCGGUUAAUGUCCUCGAGGUCAAGGACGGCAGGGUUGCGUUCAAGAGUAUUCAAGAAUCUAGGAUCUGA